AUGGCCUGCUGUGCUACUAGCUUCUGUGGCUUUCCCACUUGCUCCACAGGUGGCACCUGUGGCUCCAGCUGCUGCCAGCCCAGCUGCAGCCAGUCCAGCUGUUGCCAGCCCAGCUGCUGUGUGUCCAGUUGCUGCCAACCUUGCUGCUCCCAGAGCAGCUGCUGCCAGCCCAGCUGCUGUGGCACUGGCAGUGGCCAGGAGGGUGGCAGUGGAUCCGUGAGCUGCCGCAUCAGAUGGUGCCGCCCUGACUGCCGGGUGGAGGGCACCUGCCUGCCCCCCUGCUGUGUGGUGAGCUGCACACCCCCGACCUGCUGCCAGCUGCACCACUCCCAGGCCUCCUGCUGCCGUCCAUCCUACUGUGGACAGUCCUGCUGCCGCCCAGCCUGCUGCUGCCACUGCUGCCCACCCAGCUGCUCUGAGCCCAGCUGCUGA